AUGUCGCUCUACCCGGAGGAUCGCAGCCGAAAGGGCCGCUCCCGGUCGCGAUCGCGUGACCGUCGCUCCAAGGACGAGCCCGCCGCAGAGCCGCCGUCCUCGUACGCCGACGUGCGCGAGCCCAGCUACAUCUACCCGGAAGACGACCUCGAUGAUCGCUACAAAGGCCGCAACGAAGCCAAGGCCAGCGGCGCCCUCCCGUACCCCGAGGAGGGCGGCAUGGACUCCAUGCUUCCGGGCGGCCAGGCCCUCUACAGCUACGACUCCCAGCAGCCCACGUACAAGACCGCGUCACCCACCGCGGAUCGCAGCUCUCGUGACAAGGUAGGGGGUGGUCUGCUCCCCGGCGCGUUCCCAGACGACGAGCCCCGCGUCAAAGGCAAGGGUGAGGAACCCCGCAUCUACAGCGCAGAACCCCGCGACAGCACCUACGAAAGUCGCCGAGACGACAAGUACACGAGUCACAGAGACGAAAAGUACGAGAGCCGUCAAGAAGACAAGUAUGAGGGUCGCUACGAAGACAAACAUGGCAGUCGUCGGGAAGACAAGCACGACACCCGCCGCGAAGACAAGUAUGACAGCCGUCGCGAAGACAAACCAGACAGCCGUCGUGAAGACAAACCCGAAUCACGUCGUGAAGAAGAAGACAACAAGUUCAAGUUCCUCCCGCAAAAAUACAGCCGCUGGCUUUCCACCGGUAGCAGCAGCCAGUCCUCCGAUCAUGACAAUGACAAGGACAAGAAGGCCCGCGACGACGACGACCUGGCCUAUGGAAAGCCACCUGUGCCCAAGCGACCCCCCCCUGGAUCCGACGAUUUGGCUUAUGGAAAGACCACUGCAGGAAAAACCACCGGAGCCCCAGCGUCCACCAGCCAUGCCUUGACUCCAUACGGCAGCAAUGCACCUCACGACGAGCACGGUGCCGAGCGCCGUGGCGGGGGGGACGGCAGGUACGAUGAAAGACGCAAUGAGACAUACGAGGAUAGACGCAGGGAAACGUACGAGGAUCGCGAUGAUAAGUAUGACGACAGACGCACUGCUAGAUUCGAUGAUGAUCCGUAUGAUGAAAGACGAUAUGGCGAGUAUGAGGACAGGCGCAAUGACAAGUACGAUGACCGGAGGGACGACCCAAGAGACGAAAGACGUGCUUCCAAGUACGCAGAUCGUCAUGACAGCCCAGACCGGCGUCGCCCUGUGGAUGACUAUGACCGCCGCCGGUACGAGAGUUCAGACGAAGGACGCCCAACUGCAGAAGGGCGUAGCUCUCGCAGAAGGGGGGACUCCAUCCUUAAAGAUCCCCAAAGCUCCAGCGCCAAUGUCUUGACGGUUGAGCCAGGGAGUCGCGACAGAGAGAGGUCUCGCGACCGUCGCAAGGAAAAGUCUUCCAGUACCAGAGGAAGCUCUGAUAUGCUCACUGUUGACUCUGGCCGCAAACGAGACAAAUCUAAGUCGAGAGACAAGUCUCGAGAGCGGUCCCGCGACCAUCGCCGGGAUAAGUCCCCGGCUCCAGAUAUGCUGUCCGUUGAGCCUGGGCGUCGGGAUAGAUCCAGAUCGAGAGACGGGCGAGGCUCCUCAUCCCUGAGCGUUGAUACAGGGCGUGUGGCAGGCAUGAGUCUCGCCAUGGCACCUGGCUCGCCUUUGCUUGAAUCAUACUACGGCACUUACCAAGACUGCUCGCCCAUGCCAUCACCCCUCCUCCUUGCAACGCAGAACCCGGGCGACGAUGCCCGGGGUCUGGAGCCUCUAUCGCCUCUUAGUUCUGACUUUGAAGGAGAUGGCAAGAAGCGCAACCGGCGCGCCCGCUUCCACGACCCUGAGGAUAUCACUAGCCAACUCGCUCAGGCCCUCCGAGGCAGCAGGCGUCCCGACACGGGUCCCCUUAUAGAUAUUCUACCGAGCCUCACCCACGAACAGGUUAUGGAGCUACGUGCAGAGUAUAAGCGAAUCGUCAAAACCGGCGCAGAGCGCAAGGGCGUCAACGUCGCCAAGCACAUCCGAGCGCGACUCAAGGACGAGGACCCCCUGCUGAUGAAGGCUUGCUACGCUGUUGCCCUCGGCAUGUGGGAGAGCGAGGCUUACUGGGCCAACUUCUGGUACCAGGGCGACAAGACCCGCCGUGAGCUCCUCAUUGAGUCGCUCAUGGGCCGCACCAACGACGAGAUCCGCGCUAUUAAGGAUGCCUUCUCUGACAAGAAGUAUGAUAACAGCCUCACCAAGUGCAUGAAGACAGAACUCAAGGAAGAUAAGUUUAAAAAGGCUGUUCUCAUGGUUUUGGAAGAGCGUCGCAUGGAUGAGUACGACGGAUAUGGUCGCCAACUCCCGCUUGACUCUCAACUUAUCAGCCAUGAUGUGAGCGAGCUGCGCCGUGCUGUCAGGUCGGAUAAGGGCGGCGAGACGGCUAUGAUUGGAAUUGUCGUCCAGCGCAGCGAAUCGCACUUGCGCGCCGUUCUCCAAGAAUAUGAGCUUAACUAUCACAGCAACUUUGCUCGCGAUGCCCUCAAGAAGAGCGGAAACCUUGUUGGCGAACUCCUCGCGCACAUUCUCAAUGGCGUUAUCAACCGCCCUGUCCGUGACGCCCUCCUCCUCCACCACGCCAUCACCGGCUCCCGCAAGGACGGCCUGCGCCGCGAGCUGCUUAUCUCGCGCCUCGUCCGAUACCACUGGGACCCGCCCCAUAUGCGCGCUGUCAAGCAGGCCUACCGCGAGCGUUACGGCAAGGGGCUCUCGGAGGCCGUUCGCGAGUCUACUAGCGGCGAGUGGGGACUUUUCUGUCGUGAGCUGUGCAUCGCCCGCACGCCUGAUGACGUGAGAAGGUUUGAGAAGGUUGCUGUCAGUGUCAGAUAG